AACCUCACCGCCACAUGCUCCCUCCCCUCCCGCUCCAUUCUUUCUCUCUUUUCCUUUCGCUAAACAAGAUUUGCCCUUGCUAAUGCUGGCAAAGCGCACCCCGCCGCAACUAAUCACGCUCUCCUCCAGAGUCUAGUCAGUGGUCCUGCCGCUUCUGCCGCCGCCGCCGCCGGUUAUAAGUCACCACUCCCUUUUCCUCCGCUCUGCCCUCGCCUUGCGUGCUCCUGAACUUGAGAGCUGAAGACCUGCAGGCCAGGUGUGAAAUUCUGGUGAGGUUUUGUGGGAAUUUGGGUGGGUGGAAGAGGAGGCGGGGAUGGAGAUGCCGGGAGGGAGCGGGGGGCCAGCGCUGGCGCGGCAGGGCUCGAUCUACUCGCUGACGUUCGACGAGUUCCAGAGCGCGCUCGGCGGCGCGAGCAAGGACUUCGGCUCCAUGAACAUGGAUGAGCUGCUGCGCAACAUCUGGACGGCGGAGGAGUCCAACGCCAUGGCGGCCGCGACGACGACCGCCGCUGCGCCCGUAGACGCGCACGCACACGCGCAGCCGGGGUCUAUCCAGCGGCAGGGCUCGUUCACGCUGCCCCGCACGCUCAGCCAGAAGACGGUGGACGAGGUCUGGCGCGAGAUCGUGCGCCUCACCGGCGGGGAGGAGCAGGCCGCGGCUCCCGCCGCGCCCACGCCGCCGCCAGCGCAGACGCAGGCGCAGCGUCAGCCGACGCUGGGGGAGAUGACGCUGGAGGAGUUCCUGGUGCGCGCCGGCGUGGUGCGGGAGGACAUGGGGCAGCCCCUCGUGCUGCCGCCGCACGUGCAGGAGCUGUUCUCGCAGGCCAAUGUGGUCGCGCCGCCCAUGCAGCUGGGGAACGGCAUGGUGCCCGGAGUCGUCGGGCAGGGAGUUACCGGAGGGAUGACGGUGGCGGCGCCGACGACGCCGGUCGUGCUGAAUGGGUUCGGGAAGGUGGAGGGCGGGGAUCUGUCCUCGCUGUCGCCGGUGCCGUAUCCCUUCGACACUGCGCUGAGGGUGAGGAAAGGCCCUACCGUCGAGAAGGUGGUAGAGAGGAGGCAGAGGCGCAUGAUCAAGAACAGGGAGUCGGCCGCCAGGUCACGUGCGCGUAAGCAGGCUUACAUAAUGGAGUUGGAAGCUGAGGUGGCAAAUCUUAAGGAGCAGAAUGAAGAAUUGCAGAAAAAACAGGUUGAAAUGCUAAAGAAGCAAAAGGAUGAGGUGAAGACAGUAGAUCUUUGUUGCUCCUGAUUUUGAUGUGCAGCAAUUGGAAAAAGACAGUUCUCUUCAGUCUUCUCUCUUCCGCUCACAAAGUUUCUCUAUAAAUGGUUUCCGCAGGUUCUGGAGCGAAUCAACAAGGAACAUGGACCAAAGGCAAAGAGGGUUUGCCUGAGGCGGACUCUGACCGGACCAUGGUAGCCUGAAGCUCACAAAUCAUUGGCCAAAGUUAAGAUCGUUGGCUUCUUUAUAGAUGACCCGUUUAUACGUGUAUAUCAGAUGAAGUCAGAAUCUCCAGUUCCCCUGUAGGCCGUCGCUUCAGAGCUACAUUUCCCUUGUUCCGUGAUCAUUCAGUCCCUUGGGUAGACUGCCUGUGACAUUUACCGUUUAGGUUCAGUUGCGCAAUCCAUGCUCAGAUGAACAAUGAGGCAUACCAUCUAAUCUGUUUAACUCCCUCCUAUCUGUUGGCAUGAUGAUAUGUUGUUUCUGGAUGCAGCCGUGUAGCUUCUUUGCAUGUUGUUGAGAUAAUCAGAUACCAUCAGGUUAUAGCGAAGUUAGUCUGUACCCUGUAGCGAUAAGAGCUUUUAGUUUCUGACCUGCUAGUAACGAUACCCUUUCUUCUGGGCUAUGUGGCUGAUGAAUGUAGACGACAUCUAGCUGUCGGUGUUUAAUGAAUACUUCACAGUUCAAGCAGCA